ACUCAGCCCGCAUCAAGUCUUGCAAGCCAGAAGCAAUUGUACCUAUCAAGCUCUACAUCCAUUCCGUAUAUACCGUUCUAGUUACUGUGAACAACGACCGAUUACGACCCAUCCUACGUAUCCUACUCCAUCCAUUGAUCCUGGCCUAAUAAUAUUUGAUUUUUCUGCAUGAAGAGGGCAAAGUCAAAGAUCAAAACCCCUCAGUUCCUCCUGGAAUUUUCUUGUUUUCUUUUGGCGACGACGAUGAGAGCUUUCUUCUCCUUGAACUUUAACUUGGAAGCGUAAUACUUUUCUUGAGAAUGCGACAAAUUAAUUUAUAAUCAAUUCGAAAAUAAUUUGCAAAAAAUUGGUUUAUUUAUCUACCUCUUUAUUUAUCGCUAGCAUACAUGAGGAGUACAGGAACUACUCUACAUAUCACCUACGCAUAGACUGUCGUCAUCAAUAAUCACCUUUCAUCAUCCCACUUCGAAUAGCCUAAAAGAGGAACCUUCCCUUCGCACAGCAUAAUUGCGAAAUCAACCAGACGCAAGGCAAAAUGCAAAGAGCAGUUUCAUGGCUCCCAUCGUGGGAUAGGACUAAAACCACUAGUAAGAAAGGUUUCGACAAGACUUGGGCAUGGGCAGAUAAAUUAGGUGCUCCCGUCAAUCGAUUGACAAACAAAAUUGGUUCGGAAGCUUUUUGGCCGGUAAGUCCUCCCUCGUUCUUCAACUCCUUGGUUGUAGAUGCUUAUGGCGAGCAAUAGACAUCUUUAGACAAGGAAUGCGAUAAAGCUGCUCGUAUUCUGAAAACAUUCUGCAGUGAGUCCUUCCCACCUUCUUCAAUUCUAUCUUUUUGAGGUCUCUCGCUGACAUGACUACGCCUCAGAGGAUGGAUUCUAUACCGAGGAAGAUCGACCAUCUACCCAAGAUGGUCCGAAUGCGAAGUCCAAACAGAGAGUUCUGAAGAAGAUACCACAAAAGGUUAUUGAAAAUGCGGUUGGGUUGGCUAUAUUCACAACUAUGCGAACUGGCUUAUGGAUAUCAGGGGCCGGAGGGUCUGGAAUUUUGAUCGCAAGAAAAGAGGAUGGUACAUGGUCGCCGCCUUCUGGAAUAUUAUUACAUACUGCUGGUCUCGGAUUUUUGGUCGGUGUUGAUAUUUAUGAUUGUGUCGUCGUUAUCAAUAAUCGCAAAACUCUCGAAUCUUUCACGAAAAUAAGAGCGACUUUAGGAGGAGAAAUUAGUGCCGUGGCAGGUCCUCUUGGAAUAGGAGGAGUUUUAGAGAACGACGGGAAUUGGAAACAAGCUAAUAAGCCUGUAUUCACUUACUUGAAGUCCCGUGGCUUUUACGCAGGUGUGCAAGUGGAUGGCACGGUCAUUAUUGAAAGAACUGACGAAAAUGAGCGAUUCUAUGGACAAAGAAUCGGAGUUGCAGAUAUCUUGGCUGGAAACGUUCGACAUACACCAUUCGAAACGAAGUUACUCAUGGAAACCGUCAAGGCUGCAGAAGGUAGAGAUGAUGUAGAUACAACGAUGUUGGAACAACUGAAAGAUGAGCCUGCACCUGGCGAUGUGGAUUUGCAAGCACCUACGUCGAUGAUACCAAUAUUUGGUAUACCUGAACCUGAUGAUCCGGAUCCUUUCGGAGUAUUGGCAUUGGAAAAUGCCGGACUUGAGAUUCGCGAGGCAGGAACAAAGGCCCGGCCAGUCAGCUCACAGUUCGAAUACAAUCCGGCUCCAUCGAGUCCGAUUUACACCAGAUAUAACAGACGAAGUUUCGAUACUCAGGGCGGCAGGAGUAAUAGAGAAAGUUACAUGUCAUGGAAAACAAGAGCUAGUACAGAUCGAGGAACACAGACUACCGAAAUGGGCACACAAACGGAUGAUUCGUUAUCCAUCAGAUCACCCCGCACAAUUUCGCCGAGUACGAGUCCAAGUUACAGCGAAGACGACAAAAAGAUCAUAGAAGAAGAUGAAAAGUCGGUUGUACUAGAACCGGAAGAAGUCGAUUAUACGAAAAUCGAUCUAGGGCCAUACCAAAACUUGAACCACAGUCAAGAUUUCGACGGCACUACAAUUAACGGCAGCCCUCCUAACACCGAUGGAAGACGACAAAACUCGUUCAAUUCGAUGGACGAUCUGUCGGAUGAUGAAGAUUUUGAAGAAGAGGAAGCAGUAGUUUUCGAGGCUGCUUCCGCACAAGCUACAGUCAUCACGCCACAAGUGAUAAAAGCGAGAGGUGGCGUUGUAAAUAUUCCAAAGAGAGGCCCGCCACCACCAUUACCCCCGAGAAAUUCAUUGAGAAACAGCAAACUUUCCACUGCUUCCCCAAGCAGUGAUAGAAGUCCAUCAAGGGAAGGUUUUGAAGCAGUCGAUGUACAUGGUGUUGAGAGUAGCAAUAUCAAGAGAACCAGCUUGGAACAAGCAAGCAUGACACCACUUCCUUUCAGCCCGAAUAGGAAGAGCUUCGAACAAUUUGAAGCAAGUAUGGUGCCACUUCCUUUCAGCCCCAACAGAAAGAGUUUCGAGCAAACUCCUAUCGUUAUGGAGGAUGUGGAAACAGAGGAGUCAGAAUCUCAUGAGCCGGUUGUCGAGGAGCAACACGAAAAGGUAGAAUCCGCCAAAGAAGACUCUAGCUUUAACGAAAAGGUCGAAAUACUCGAUGAAGAACACCCGACACAGAGACCUGCUCUUACUAAAGAAAAUACCGAGUCUUUUCACUCGAUUGCUGUGAACAUUCCUGGUGGUUGGAAUUAGAAAAUGAUCAUAGAAAUGAAAGUAUGUACAAGGAGGACUGGUUUUGUAUGAAGGAAUUGGAUAUUUGGAAAUCAGUAUAUGGAUUUGAAGUUUUGGUUAUGCGGAGAUUCCCAUCAUAUCGGGGUUUGGGGGUUUGUUAUAUAUGGGUUCAGUUUAUCUUUACUGGUGUUUGAAAGGUCAGGGACUGUUUGUGUGCAUGGUUGGCGUGAUAUUCAGGAUGAAUAUCUGGUUGGUCAUCUUGGCGGAAGGUUAAUGAAUCUCUUAUACCAUUUAUGAGGAUUAGAGGUUGGGGUAACAUAUCCGUUAAUUGAACGAUUGCAUGGAAGAGAUCUGAAUGGAAGGCUGAGUUGGAUGAGGGUUAAUAUAUAAUCUAUA